CGCUGAUUUCGCCUCAGUCUUUCCUCGUUCCUUUCUCUCCCCCCUCUCUCUCUCUGCAGUGUUGAGAGACUACGUUGUCUCUCUGUAUAUGUCAGUAUGCCUUGAUUGAUCUCUGAUUGUUGGAGAAAUUAUCACCACCCACCACCACCAAGCAUAUCAUGGACCCCGCCGUCCUUCGCGAACUUUCGCGCCUCGACCCCGCGGUGCCCUUCCGCGCCACCACCGAUCAUUUGCAUCACACCUGGGCCAAAACAUUCUUUUCACGACCGGAACUCUACGUUCGUCCUCAGUCCAUCGCCGAGAUCCAGAAACUAGUCACCCUCGCCCGCCACUGUCGUCGUCGCCUCGUCACCGUUGGCAGUGGUCACUCGCCCUCCGAUCUGACAUGCACCUCGUCCUGGCUCGUCAAUCUCGAUGACUUCAGCCGCGUGCUGGACGUGUCGACCGAUACCGGCGUGAUCACCGUACAGGCAGGAAUACGCUUGAGGGAUCUAGGGAAACAACUGGAGAAGCAUGGCUUGACCCUGUCGAAUCUGGGCAGUAUCGACAGUCAGUCGAUCGCGGGCGUCAUCUCGACGGGCACGCAUGGCAGCUCCUUGCAGCAUGGUCUGAUCUCCGAAUGUAUUCUGUCCCUGACGCUGAUGCUGGCCAACGGGCAGUUGGUGCGGUGCAGUCCGACCAGUAACCCGGCCCUCUUCCGCGCCGCCCUCAUCUCUCUCGGUGCGCUGGGCAUCAUCGUCGAGGUCACCUUGCAAGCCGAGCCCACCUUCAAGGUCGCGUGGCGGCAGACGCGCCGCAGUCUGUCGAGCGUCUUGACGGAAUGGUCGACGGGGUUGUGGACAACGCAUGAGUUCGUCCGCGUCUGGUGGAUGCCAUACGAAAAGAGCGCGGUCGUUUGGCACGCGGACAAGACCGAUCUUCCGGUGCGCGCCCCGCCUAAGACGUUCUAUGGGGAGACGAUCGGCUAUCACAUCUAUCACAAUCUGCUGGCCCUGGCCAACUACUUCCCUCGCAUCUUGCCCUGGGUCGAGUGGUUUGUUUUUGGGUUGCAGUAUGGAUUCAGGGAUGAAACUAAGGUCACGGAAGCCGUGGAGCCGGCCCGCGAGGGACUGCUCAUGAACUGUCUCUACUCGCAAUUCGUCAAUGAGUGGGCCCUUCCCUUGGAGAAGGGUCCCGAAGCCAUCACCCGGCUUUCGGCUUGGUUGAACGGCGACGCGCAAACUGCACGGAUGCCAUUCUCUGUCGAGGGACUCUGGGUGCAUUGCCCGAUCGAAGUCAGAGUCGCCGACUCUACGCUCAAUAAGAACCCCCGCCCAUUCCUGGACCCCAGUUGCUCCGACGGUCCGACCCUGUAUCUGAAUGCAACCCUCUAUCGUCCGUACCAUCGGGAUCCUCCCUGCACGGCUCGCUACUACGAGGCUUUCGAGUGGCUCAUGCGCGAGUUGGGAGCCAGACCGCACUGGGCCAAGAACUUCGUCUCCACGCGCGAUGAACUGAGGCAGCUGUACGGUGACGGCAUGGGUGAAUGGUUGAAGGUGCGUCAGGACGUCGACCCGGAUGGCAUGUUCCUGGGCGAAUGGCACCACCGCAACCUGGACUUGCCUCUUGCUGAGUCAACUGCCACGGAAGAAAGUCUUCCUCUUCUCGAGCGGGAAAACGCUCGUCGGAAGGCAGGCGUCCGCGGGGCGGGCGACGGCCUAGAGUGGAUCGGUGACAAGCGUUGGAAAACGAGGCAAGCUGUGUCCUUGACCCUUCUCGAAAAGGAGAAGCCAUUUGUCUCGGCAGAGAGCACAGGUCUGAGUCCUCCCACGACAGCAGCGAGUGACGAGAGUUUCGACCUGCUCGCAAGCGGUGAGGCCAGCAUUGUUCUUCCUGAUCGCCACUUGUGAUAAAAAAAAAUCAGGCUAAUGAGACUCGAAUGGAGCAAACAGCCUAUGCGCGGUAAUUGUCUAGUCAUGGGUGGGUUGGACGAAAUGAGUAAGCCAAGGGCACUUGGUUGGCCGGUGACCGAUGACCUUUGACAGUCCAUGUACUUCAAUGUAUAUUCU